CACUUCAUACGUGUUUCGUUGAGUCGAGCUACAACCUCUCGUGCUGUCGCUGUGUUGCUAAUACAGUCUGUGAUGUAACUCUUUGAAUAGUAAAAUGGCAAUUUGAGGCGAUAGAGACCGUUAGCGCUUUGUUAUCUGUUAUUAAUGCCGCCAUUUGACGAGUGGAUACUUGGUUAGAAAGUAGCAAGCUAGGAUAAGUACGUUAUCGAUGAAAAUGACUUAAUAGCUUGGCGACGAUGACAACAAACAACAAAUAUUAUGUCUAAUAAUUUGAGUAGGAAAGGUGUGACAUUCACUGUCAGUAGCGCCUAUAUUGAGAACCUGAUGCUCCAGUAUUAAGUCGUGUUAAUAUCUAUGCUAAUGUAGUUAUUUGUCCUAGACUGCACAGCUUCACAUCAUUUAGAUAUCACUCAUGAACUAGCUAUUUUUACUGUAUGAUUAGGUAUUGUUACUAAAAUAUUAGACUUACCUGGCUUGGAAAGGGGUCUGGUAAUUUUAUUACAGGUAUUAUUUCCUAAUGGCAAAGGAAGAAUUCAUUACACAAUGGAACAAAACAGGGGACACUUCAUCACUACGAAACAGGAAAAUCGUUCUCGCCUCAGAAAAGACCUUCGUAACCCCAUCCACUCCAUUGUCAAAGGACAAAAACAGUCAAACUGCUGGACACUUAUCAGAAGAUGACACACAGUCCUCAAAUGGGACGUCUGCUCAGUUUUCAGCCAGAGGAAAUUUCAGUAAUGAGCCCCCAAGCAGAGUGCUGCUGCUGAUGGUGGUGGGGCUGUCUUUCUCUACACGCCUCUACAAGAUAACAGAGCCCCCUCAUGUGUGCUGGGAUGAGACGCACUUUGGAAAGAUGGGAAGCUACUACAUCAACAGGACCUUCUUUUUUGAUGUCCAUCCUCCUCUUGGCAAAAUGCUGAUAGGACUUGCCGGUUACAUGACAGGUUAUGAUGGCACCUUUCCUUUCAUAAAGCCAGGAGAUAAAUAUGAACACCACAACUACUUGGGGAUGAGAGGGUUUUGUGCUGUGUUGGGCUCCUUUCUCCCAGUCUUUGCCUACCUCAUAGUGCUGGAGUUGUCUCAGUCUCACACUGCUGCUCUCAUCACUGCCAGCCUGCUCAUAUUUGACACUGGCUGUAUCACCAUUUCCCAGUACAUCCUGUUAGACCCCAUACUCAUGUUCUUCAUCAUGGCAGCAGUGCUGAGCAUGGUCAAGUUCAACCAUCAGAGAUACAGGCCUUUUGCUGCCUCCUGGUGGCUGUGGCUGGUACUGACUGGUGUAAACCUUGCUGGGGCAUUGGGGGUGAAGUUUGUGGGUCUCUUUGUCAUCCUGCUGGUGGGACUGAACACAGUCUGGGACCUCUGGAGACUUCUGGGAGACCUGAGCCUUUCACUGGUGGAAUUUGCAAAGCACCUCCUGGCUCGGGUUGUCGGACUCAUCCUGCUUCCACUCCUCCUCUACAUUACAGUAUUUGCCAUCCACUUUGUUGUGUUGAACAAAAGUGGACCAGGAGAUGGUUUCUUCAGUUCAGCCUUUCAGUCCCGUCUAAUCGGGAACAAUCUACACAAUGCAUCAAUGCCUGAGUACCUGGCAUAUGGCUCCACCAUUACAGUAAAAAACCUCCGUAUUGCUGGAGGCUAUUUGCACUCUCACUGGCACUUAUACCCAGAGGGAGUGGGAGCAAGGCAGCAACAGGUGACAGCCUAUCUCCACAAGGACUACAACAACCUGUGGCUUGUUCACAGACAGGGUGAUAAUGAAUCUCAAUCUGGGACACCUGAUCUGGUUCGUCAUGGUGACAUCAUUCGACUGGAGCACAAAGAAACAACCCGUAACCUUCACAGUCACCUCCAUGAGGCUCCUAUGACUAAGAAACACUUCCAGGUUACAGGCUAUGGCAUUAAUGGCACAGGUGACACCAAUGACCUGUGGCAGGUGGAGGUGUGUGGAGGUCGGAAGGGUGACCUGGUGAAGGUGCUCCGUAGCAAAGUCCGCUUUCUGCACCGAGCAACCGGUUGUGUGCUUUACUCCUCUGGCAAGACUCUCCCAAAGUGGGGCUGGGAACAGGUGGAGGUGACCUGUAGUCCCUACCUGAAGGAGACUCCAAGCUCUCAGUGGAACAUUGAGGAUCAUAUCAAUCCCAAAUUGCCCAACAUUAGUUUGUCUGUGCUGAAGCCCCAUUUUCUGGAGAUCUUACUGGAGUCCCACAUUGUUAUGAUAAGAGGUAACAGUGGCUUGAAACCCAAAGACAAUGAGAUGAACUCAAAACCCUGGCAUUGGCCUAUCAACUAUCAGGGAUUGAGGUUUUCUGGAGUGAAUGACACAGAGUAUCGUGUUUACCUGCUGGGGAACCCUGUGGUCUGGUGGAUGAACCUAGCCAGUUUAGGAUUGUAUCUUAUCAUGGUGGCAGUGGCGUCUAUAGCCUUCCAAAGAGGUUGCUCAUUGAGCCAAAAAAGAAUAGACCAUUCUCUUGUGCUUAUGAGAGAAGGAGGACUACUACUCCUUGGCUGGCUGCUGCACUACGCACCUUUCUAUACUAUGGGCCGUGUCCUCUACUACCACCACUACUUCCCUGCAAUGCUCUUCAGCAGCAUGCUAACAGGAAUUACAUUAGACAUUCUGUUGAAAAGCGCUGACCUGCUACUCCGCCCGCCUUAUUCUGAUUGGCUGCAGAGAGUCGGGCAGAUGGUACUUCUGUUUAGUGUUCUUUACAGUUUCUACUUGUUCCAUCCACUCUCUUAUGGCAUGACGGGUCCUCUGGCACACGAGUCGGGCAGCGCCAUGGCUGGCCGGAAGUGGUUGGACUCCUGGGAGUUCUAGUCAGCUCUGCACGAAGAAGUCACUAAUAUUGUGAUGAAUAACAGCUGUUCUGAAUAAGAGCGACUUUAAUCAAUCAUGUGUCUCACAGACGUAUGGUACUACAAGGUUUACACAAAAAGAUAAUUUUCAUAAGGUACUGACUGUACACACUACUAUAGAAUCUCUACCUGUCCGGGUAUUUAUGCGUCUCAUCAUUUCCAAGUAUUGUAGUCUAUAAUGUAUAAUGGAUGCUCUGUAAGACAGACCUGAAUCAGUGCAAUAUGAAAGCCAGAGUGUUGUGGAGUAUUUGAUCUAGACACUAACCGUCACCAAGCUGCCUUAACUCACAACACAUCUUACAUCCUGGACUUAUAUAUGUAUAUGUGUGUCCUGUAUGUCACAAUAAUAAGCUCAAGGGCCUGAAGUAACCAAUGAAAGUAAAUCUGAAACGUUCAAAUGCUGCAUCUUCCUGUUUGUCACUUUUAAAGAAAAUACUUUUUGUUACGUAGUUAUCAGAGACUGUAUUUUUGUUUGUGAUUGUCUUGAUCUUAGUGCCCGAUAUUUUGUAUUAGUGCUGUUCAGUACUGGCUUUUGCUUUUACAUUAUAAGACUACUACUGACUCUUAGGGUCAUGUACAUUUCAGUAUGGUCAAUAAACAAUGAUAUUCUUGUA